CAGUGCUCCCGCACAUUGGUUAACCGGGUUAUCUGUAUUGUGUCCCACCACCCGCCAACCCCCCUUUACACUACUGCUACUCUUUGUUCAUCAUAUAUGCAUAGUCACUUUAACCAUAUCUACAUGGUCGUACUACCUCAAUCAGCGCGACUAACCAGUCUCUAUAUGUAGCCUCGCUACUGUUAUUUUUCACUGUAUUUUUACUGUUUUUAUUUCUUCACUUACCUAUUGUUCACCUAAUACCUUUUUUGCACUGUUAGUUAGAGCCUGUAAGUAAGCAUUUCAGUGUAAGGUCGGCGCACUUGACAGAAACUUUGAUUUGAUUUGAAUCGAUGGUAUUGGUGAUUUACUCACUCUCCUCUGAAUCCUCACAAGGCACCCCCACCUCCUCCCUCUGUAUCUCUGCCUUCACGUGAAUGACAGGGAUUUGGGCCUGGUCUCCGGAAAGUAGCAUAUCCUUCGUGUCAGACUCAUUAAAGAAAACAUUUUUGUCCAAUUCGAGAAACUUCCAUCAGAAUGGUGACGGGACGGUGGAGGAGAUCAGCUUUGAGGAGUUCCUUGUGGUGAUGUCCCACUUCAGACCUCCAGCACUGAACAUGACAGAGGAACAGAGAGAGAAGGUCAGGAGGGAGAAACUCCGCUUCCUGUUUAACAUGCACGACACAGACAACGAUGGAACAAUCACUCUGGAGGAGUAUCGACAUGUAGUGGAGGAGCUGCUGUCUCGGAGCGGAGCCCUGGAAAAGGAAACGGCAAAAGGAAUAGCAGAUGCUGCCAUGCUGGAGGUGGCCAGUAUUUCCAUGGGUCACAUGGAACCAGAUGAGUUUUACGAGGGGAUCACUUUUGAACAUUUUCUAAAGAUACUGAAAGAUAUUGAGAUCGAGAUGAAAAUGAACAUUCGCUUUUUGAAUAUGGACACGACGACCCUGUGCAAGUGAGGAUCUUCCACUUGAUUUUAUUACUAUGAUGCACAAGCACUCUUCUAUGGUCUUUUUAUUUAGUGGCCAGAGGGCAUACUUUACCUUCUCAGACCAACUAUUACAAAGCUCUGUUUAAUAGUUUUGGGUGACGGUUUAAGCUUCUACUAACACACACUUUAUGUUUUUACACAUUUAUUGGAUAAAAACAUAUUUAUGUGCAACUAUGCAAAUAUACACAGAUUAGCAGUAGGUAUGUUAUGAAUUUAGCAUGCCUGUAUCUAUCACUCCAUAUUUUAUGCAAGUGUUCACAAUGCUCUAAAUGCCAUGAAUCAAUCAUAAAUUCAAUAAUCAUUCAACAAUCCAAUAAUAACAAUGUAAUAAGCCAGUAAUAAAGUGAUAGCCAAUUAUGCAGCUCCAUGAUUGAAGUGAAUGCAAUUUACCUCCUAGUAUAUCUAAGGCACUGUGUGGAAUAAGCUACAAACAUUUGCGCGUCUCUUCUAUACCGCCAUGCACACCUAAACUGUCUUGCUGCCACUGCCAUCAGUUUGGAAUCAAAACAGGUUAGAAUUUCCAUGUUCAUUAAAAAGUCACUGACCAAUAGAAACAAAGUACUUAUUUCCAAAGUUUAACUGACCAGCCUAGCAGUAUAGCAUACUGCACAUGUCCUGUGGCAAGACCAUCCUCAUAUUGAGAUAGUAGUUUCAAGUAAAAUGUGCGUUAGACUUGUGCAAAUGUUUUAAGAAUCAAGCCCACACAAACAAGCAUUUGUUGACUGUUAGAAAUGGAAACAAUGAUAUGCAACUUGUCUGUGCUGCCCUCUAGAGACCAAAGAAUGUGAAGUCUAUCCCAUUCCCACAUUUAAUCAUCUCUAUACUGCCUAUUUUAUUGUUUGGUUUGCAUGUGUUUGAUGCCAUUCCAUUUGCUCCAUUCCUGCCAUUUAUUAUGAGCCGUUCUCCCCUCAGCAGCCUCCUGUGAACUAAAUGGCAUGCAUUCAUUUACUUAAUUGGGCCUUAAUCAGUUGCAGAUCAAAUGUAUUUUAAGUAGGCACCAGCAAAUACUGCAGCCUGCCGAUAUCUUGAUUGCAUCUACAGAUUUUAGCAUGUCUUGGUGACACUGUAUAUUUGUACUGGAAAAUACAAUAUUUUUAUUCCGAUUUGGGAUGUUAUUGUAGCAAGGAAUAAUGUAAAUGAUGUGGCCUUCUCUUUUUAUUGAGAACAUUAAAAUAGUAAACCGCUCACCAAAAGUGUAUCAUUUUUGAAUGAUUAUGUACUGUAGGAAUUGGAGUGUGUUUAGUUUUGCUUUUAAGAAAAUAAUUGUAUUAUCAGACAGCCUUGGAGAGGGAUCUAUAAUGAAACUUGAAUUUGCUUUGUGCUUAAUCAAAUCAAGUGGGGGCAGCACAUAGCCUUGGGGCUAGAGGCGCGAGCCAGCAACCGGGGGGGGGGGUGCGCUUUGGGCUGAAUGUGUCAAUGUUUUGUUCAUUUGAAAUCGACUGUUUUUCUGGAAGAUAUAUAUUAGUUGGACCUUGUUUGCAAUUGACCAAUAAAGUGAUAUUAAUCAUAGUGAAUUUAUGUGAACCUUCUAAAAAAAACUUUUAAAGACAUUCUCUGUA